CAUGUCAUCGGAAUCGAGCAAAAAACGAAAGCCCAAAGUGAUCCGAAGUGAUGGAGCUCCAGCUGAAGGGAAGCGUAAUCGUUCUGACACUGAACAGGAAGGUAAAUACUACAGUGAGGAGGCUGAGGUGGACCUGCGGGACCCUGGCAGAGACUAUGAGCUGUACAAGUACACGUGCCAGGAGUUGCAGAGGCUCAUGGCGGAGAUCCAGGACCUGAAGAGCAGGGGAGGCAAGGAUGCGGCAGUUGAGAUCGAAGAUCGGAGGAUCCAGAGCUGUGUGCAUUUCAUGACUCUAAAAAAGCUUAACCGAUUAGCCCACAUCAGGUUGAAGAAAGGAAGAGAUCAGACUCAUGAGGCCAAGCAGAAAGUGGACGCCUAUCACCUGCAGCUCCAGAACCUGUUGUAUGAGGUGAUGCACCUGCAGAAGGAGAUCACCAAAUGUCUGGAGUUUAAGUCAAAGCACGAAGAAAUCGAUCUGGUCAGCUUAGAGGAGUUUUAUAAGGAGGCUCCUCCAGAUAUCAGCAAGGCGGAAGUCACCAUGGGAGACCCUCACCAGCAAACCCUUGCACGUCUGGACUGGGAGCUGGAGCAGCGGAAAAGGCUGGCGGAGAAGUACCGAGAGUGCCUGUCCAACAAGGAGAAGAUCCUUAAGGAGAUUGAAGUAAAGAAGGAGUACCUGAGUAGCCUCCAGCCUCGUCUCAACAGCAUCAUGCAGGCUUCCCUACCGGUGCAGGAGUAUCUGUUUAUGCCCUUCGACCAAGCUCACAAGCAGUAUGAGACAGCCCGACACCUACCACCUCCCCUGUAUGUCCUCUUUGUCCAGGCCACUGCGUAUGGGCAAGCCUGUGAUAAGACGUUGUCUGUGGCGAUUGAAGGCAGCGUGGAUGAGGCCAAGGCUCUGUUCAAGCCUCCCGAGGACUCCCAAGAUGACGAGAGUGACUCGGAUGCUGAGGAGGAGCAGACCACGAAACGCCGGCGACCAACACUGGGAGUUCAGCUGGACGACAAGCGCAAGGAGAUGCUGAAGAGGCACCCGCUGUCCGUCAUGCUGGACCUGAGGUGCAAAGAUGACAGUGUACUGCACCUGACUUUCUACUACCUCAUGAACCUCAACAUCAUGACGGUAAAAGCCAAAGUGACAACCGCCACAGAACUGAUCACCCCCAUCAGUGCAGGUGACUUGCUGUCUCCUGACUCAGUCCUGAGCUGUUUGUAUCCUGGGGAUCAUGGAAAGAAAACUCCAAAUCCAGCCAAUCAGUAUCAGUUUGAUAAAGUUGGCAUCCUGACUUUGAGGGACUACGUACUUGACUUAGGGCAUCCCUAUUUGUGGGUGCAGAAGCUGGGUGGCCUCCACUUCCCCAAAGAGCAGCCCCAGCACACUGUGAUCGCUGACCACUCUCUGAGCGCCAGCCACAUGGAGACCACCAUGAAACUGCUGAAGACCAGGGUGCAGUCCCGCUUGGCCCUCCACAAGCAGUUUGCCUCCCUGGAACACGGCAUUGUGCCAGUUACCAGUGACUGCCAGUACCUCUUCCCUGCAAAGGUUGUCUCUCGCCUGGUGAAGUGGGUGACGAUUGCCCAUGAGGAUUAUACGGAGCUGCAUUUUACCAAAGACAUCAUGGAGGCGGGACUGGCUGGGGACACCAAUCUCUACUAUAUGGCACUCGUGGAAAGGGGCACAGCUAAGCUCCAGGCUGCCGUGGUGCUGAACCCUGGCUACUCCUCCAUCCCACCCAUUUUCCAGCUCUGUCUGAACUGGAAAGGGGAGAAAACCAACAACAACGACGACAAUAUUCGGGCCAUGGAGAGUGAGGUCAAUGUGUGCUACAAGGAGCUGUGUGGCCCCCGGCCCGGCCACCAGCUCUUGACGAACCAGCUGCAGCGCCUGUGCGUGCUGCUGGAUGUCUACCUGGAGACGGAGAGCCACGAUGACAGCGUGGAGGGGCCCAAGGAAUUUCCCCAGGAGAAAAUGUGUCUGCGGCUUUUCAGGGGCCCCAGCAGGAUGAAGCCAUUUAAAUAUAACCAUCCUCAAGGAUUCUUCAGCCAUCGCUGACCUCCCACUCAGCCUGUUGUUUCCCCCCAGACCCAACUGCUGCGCCUCUGCUUUCUGCUCUGGUGCACAUGUG